AUGGUUCAUGCGACUACAACUAAUGACCUCGAGUUGGUCCUGGAUCGUAUCCCAGUCGAAUAUCCGGCCCUCGUGAUGGAGACGUUCCUUUCAAUUGGAAAGAACGAAAUCCCUGACAAUUGUGCCUCGCUUGCUGAUGGUUAUUGCUGGAUGGUUUCCAAGCACAGCGUGUUUGUUUGGAGUGCGACCACGGAAGGCGAUUCGGGUAGAAACACCGUGCAAUUACCGCUGCCUCCAUCAGGACUGCCAUAUUCGUCAAGAUCUGUGGUUGUUUACAAGAACACUCGCGGUCGUCCUCCUGGUCUCCUUGUAGUGUCUGGAGAGGGGGUCGCGCGCCAUUGGCCCUCCGUAACAUCUUCAAUUCACAGCGAAACUGUCAUUGAUUUGGCAAGCGAGGUUACGCUAUCGGUGCAACUUCUAGAAUCGUCAGGUGUUGAGACUUCGUUCGCACUAACUACAACAUCCGGCUCUGUUUAUUUGCUGUGUAUCGGAUCAGUUCGAACGAGAGGAGAAAUCCAGUGCAUCAAAGUUGGCUCGAGGGAAACUCGCGGAAUAGGAAGACGUUUGUCGAAUAUAAUCUUCGGCUCUCAGGGCUCUGCCACGGAGAGCUCACAUGUCAUCAACUCACUGGUUCUUCAAGAAUAUUCUCAGGAUGAUGGCAAUGUCAGUACUCCCCUGGAUGCAUCUGUUAUUACGAUCUCGCCAAGCUGUAUGAACUGCUUUAAUGUUGCUAAGAAAUGUUUGGCAUGGACCGUGAACACCCGUACCUUCCUGGAAGGAUACGUCACGGGAUAUUUUGAGCGGUCUUCACGAGGACGACUAAUCGCCGGAGUCAGUGUUUGGUUGCUUGAUGCAGCUAAAUUCCGUGGUGGAUUGCUUUUGUUAUUGGCAGGAAGUCACGACAAUACUUUGGAUGUCACCUUUUUCCUAGCAAUGACUCGUCUCGAGAGUGGCGCACCCACUGAUGUGGACUGGUUUUCAGUAAUACCUGUUGGCAGUAGCCACGUGCAUGAUUUUAAGGCUGAUGAAGAGACUUGCUUUGUCGGGCGCGUGUCUCUAUGCGUACCAGGGCUGACCUCCAACUCAUCCAGUUGCGAACGAACCGAUGGAGUAAUAAUUCUCUACCCGCAUUUUGUUCAGUCGAUAUACCCGCCAGAUCGUCCAUCCAGGCACAAUGAGUUGCCACUUAACAAAGUCCUUGGUUUUCCUGUCGAAACGAAGCUAGCUGGUCAUGCGUGUGAUGACCGCUUCUGUUAUGUGAUGACGGUCGAAGGUGGUAUUUCAUGCGUUCGUCUCUUACCAAAAGGUUUCGACGACGAUUUGAAAGAUGAUAAAACUUUCAUCGACGAUCUUAUGGAUAUCAAGGACAAUGUGCCUCAAGACGAAAUAGCUCUGAACCUCUUCAUUUCAGCGUUCGCAUCUUUUGUUGAGAAGAACAUCGUGAGUUCCUGUUUAUUUUAA